CAACCUCCUCCUCAAAAUUCGACGGCCCGUCUGGAAUGUCAGGAAAGUAAAAGGGGUUGUCUCUUCUCAUUACGCCCAUCCACACGACCUGCUUCAAGAUGUCAUCACCGUUCAUCAUGGCUUCCAGAAUCUAUCUGGGUGGUAGUAGCAAUCCAGCAAGCCCAGAUCAAGGCAUCGUUUUUGCAACUGCUUUAUCGCGUUUAUUAGGAUGGUUAUACUUUGCCGCUUGGACCGCAAGUUUUUGGCCUCAAGCAUUAUUGAUGUAUCGUAGAAAGAGUGUUGCAGGGAUCUCGUUGGAUUUCAUCUCAUUGAAUGCGUUUGGAUUCGUUUGUUAUUCGAUCUUCAAUCUGGCUUUCUUGGUUUCUGAAAAAGUUCAACAGCAAUACCGAAACACACAUCAUGGACAAGAGAACUUGGUUCGUUGGAAUGAUGCAUUCUUUGCCAUUCAUGCUGUCUUGAUCACUUCUUGGCAAUUGGUUAUUACACGCAUCUAUAAGCGUGCACCAGGUCAAAAAGUAUCACUUUGGUGUAAGAUCACACUCGGGAUCUUGAUCUCAAUCUUUCUGCUCACUUUGACCACUUGUGUCAUCGGUGGCGGUGAUGAUGAUUAUAUCUUACGCUGGAUCGAUUUCAUCAAUAUAUGCUCGUACAUCAAGCUGUUCAUCACCUUGAUCAAAUAUUCACCUCAAAUCCUUCUCAAUUUCUCUCGAAAGUCAACUCGCGGCUUCGCUAUUGAAGGCAUCACGCUAGAUGUGUUUGGUGGAUUGUUCAGUCUUUUACAACUUGUUAUUGAUGCACAAAUCAUCAAUCAUGAUUGGUCAGACGUUACAGGUGAUCCGGGCAAAUUAGGACUUUCUUUCAUUUCGCUCUUUUUCGAUGCAAUCCUUCUGUUUCAGCAUUACGUAUUGUAUGGCAACAAAGCUGUCUCUGAAGAAGAUGAGGACGAGGAACAAAGUCCACAAGAAACAGAACCUUUGUUGGGCUAGUGUAUGAUUUCAAUAGAUACGUAUAGAUUGAGUGAAUGCAUGUGUAAAAAUACAAUGAGUAUAUCGAUCCACCA